AUGGCGAUCGCGGCCACAGAGACUCCGCAAAAGGUUCCAGAAAUGGACGAAGCGCAAUGCCGAGCAGCUCUUGCGCGCCUGGAUCAGCUGCGGCAGACACUUGACGAGGUCCGCCUCGCAAUCCCAGACAUUCUGAGUACACUCAAUGACCCACAUGCCUCGCCGGCGCGUUUCCUCGCAAACUUUACCGGCGCAGCGGUGGAUGCGCAAAAGCGCUUGGAGACCUUUAAGGUCACAUGGCGGAAUGAGGCGACACAGGAGCUGUUCGAGCGUGCGAGACAGAGCCUACAAGCGAACUCUGAUUUGAGCGCUGCCGCGACGGUACCCAUGUACGGCUGGGCAGAAACGGAUCUCGUGGAUUCUGAGAAGACGGAUGAUGCAAGCAGUGCCAGAGCGCUUGAACAUGGCAUUGUGGAAGACGGCGGACACUUUGAUCAGGUUGACGUUGCACGGGUUGUGGAUGACUUCCGGAAAGCGCAUCCAAACUUCAAUGUCGACCUUGAAGUUUGGAGGAAGGAAAAUUGGGUUAUAAAUAUACAAUAUCAAGCACCGAGGAUCUUCUUGAGGUUCAGCAUUAGAAGAUACAAAGGCCGCAACGAUGAAGCCGUGCUUAUGGCGGAAUGCCUGGGAGAAAUGAAGCUCUUUCCUGCAAUUACUAGGUGUCUCGCAUCGCGACCCGACCCCAACAAUCUGCCAUACCUCCUGGUUUGUUCUCUGCCACUCCAUGCUCCACAAUCCAUCUGA